CGAGCAUUUGACACCGCAUCAUCGAUCCACCGACUGAUCAGGUAGCUUCACCACUUACCUUGUUGGCCUGCCCAGCAGCAUGUUCGGCAAGUUCCGGCAUUCCAUCUGAAGGAUCAUAGCCAUGGAUCCAGCCGUUCAACGUGCCUUGAACGACAAGCUGUAUGACAAGCGCAAGGUUGGCGCUCUUGAGCUGGAGCGCUUCAUCCGCGAGCUCGUCGCCCGGAAGGACUACGUCAAGGUCGAGACCGUACUGAAUCAGCUCUGCGACGACUUUGCCUAUGCAGUCCACCAACCUCACGCACGGAAUGGAGGGUUGAUAGGUCUGGCCGCUGCCGCCAUUGCUUUGGGACCGGAGCUUCCAAGAUACCUCGAAGUAAUUGUACCGCCGGUCCUCGCCUGCUUCACCGACCAAGAUGCACGAGUCCGAUAUUACGCCUGCGAGGCCAUGUACAACAUUGCCAAGGUCGCAAAGGGCGAGAUCUUGAUCUACUUUAACCACAUCUUUGACGCCCUCUGCAAGCUGGGCGCUGACUCUGAGCUAUCUGUCAAAAAUGGAGCGGAAUUGCUCGACCGCCUAAUCAAAGACAUUGUCUCAGAGUCCGCUGCUACAUAUGUUUCCGUGUUGGAGCAGCCGCCCGCAUACGACGAGGACUCCAAGGAUGCGCCUGCCGACUCGGUCGAGCUACCGACCGCAUUCUCCCUCAAGCGCUUUAUCCCGCUGCUCAGGGACCGCAUUUACGCCCUCAACCCCUUUACGAGGACUUUCUUGGUUGGCUGGAUCACCCUGCUCGACUCCAUACCCGACUUGGAGCUCGUCACCUACCUUCCCGACUUCCUCGGUGGGCUCUUGCGCUUCUUAAGUGACUCCAACCGGGACGUUCACGUCGCCACCCAAGGCUGUCUGGACAAGUUCCUCAACGAGAUCAAACGGAUCGCCCAUGUCAAGAAGGGAAUCGUCGAGAGCAAGAAGUCCAAAGAGGGGAAGCGCAAACGGGUCGACUCGAUCGACAGCGAGAGCGUACACCCACAGCUCGAGGAGGGUGAAGACCUGGAUUCCGAGACUGCAGCUGACGACGACGAUCUCGAGAGUGAAGACGACUGGGUUCCCGGUCAGGAUGUCCAGAUCAAUUACAAGGCGAUUCUGGAGAUUUUGACCGCCACCAUCGAUUCGCCGUUAGAAGAGGACGGCCUGUUGGAGUCUCUUAGGUGGAUUGUCGAGUUUCUCGACAUAUGUCCGGAGGAAGUGCUCCCAUUCACGCCCAAGAUACUGGCUCACCUCCUGCCGGCCAUGGCUAGCGGCGUCGAGUCGAUUCGCCAGGCGGCCGCGAGGGUGAACACAUCGUUGCUGGACUACGUUGUGUCGCUAUCUGACGAGGCAGACGUGCCCCCGCCAUCACGGAUACCCGGCCCUCUGUCGCCGCCAGGUGAUCGGCAAGACGGCACUACAAGCGCGCGUGCUUCUCUAUCUGGCUCCGGCUCAAGAGAGGAGGUGUCAAGUCCCACGCCCGCGCAAGCAAGGGCGGCGUCAGGGACACUAACCCCGAGCGUCCCAUCAGCUCAGCCUCAGCCGCAGCCGGAUCUCGACUACGCCGCUGCGGUUAACUCGCUCACGCUCCUGUUUCUCAACGACCACGAGGCUACGCGUGUUGCGGCAUUAACUUGGCUGAUCAUGCUCCACCGUAAGGCGCCGAGGAAAGUGCUCGCCUUCAAUGACGGGACAUUUCCGGCGCUGCUCAAGACCUUGUCAGACCCUGCCGAGGCCGUGGUCACCAAGGACCUGCAACUUCUCUCCCAAAUCUCGAGGAACAGCGAGGAUGAUUACUUCACGAAUUUUAUGGUCAGCCUCCUGCAGCUCUUUUCGACGGACAGGAAGCUCCUAGAAACGCGGGGGAACCUUAUCAUUCGUCAGCUCUGCACAAGCCUUAGUGCCGAACGUAUCUACCGCACCCUGGCUGACUGCAUCGAGAAGGAAGAGGAUGUUGAGUUUGCUAGCAUCAUGGUCCAAAACCUUAAUAACAAUCUGAUUACAGCACCCGAGCUUGCAGAGUUGAGGAAGCGGCUGCGGAAUCUUGAGACCAAGGACGGACAAACGUUCUUCGUGGCUUUGUUCCGGUCGUGGUGCCACAAUGCCGUCGCCACCUUCUCGCUGUGCUUGCUCGCACAGGCAUAUGAGCAGGCAUACAACCUGCUGCAGAUAUUUGCGGAGUUGGAGAUGACUGUGAAUAUCCUGAUUCAGAUCGAUAAGCUUGUGCAGCUCCUUGAGUCGCCCGUCUUCACAUAUCUGAGACUCCAACUCCUUGAGCCCGAGCGAUACCCGUAUCUGUACAAAUGCCUAUACGGCCUCCUGAUGCUACUGCCGCAAUCAUCCGCCUUUGCCGCCCUCAAAAACCGUCUAAAUAGCGUCAGCUCGAUUGGGUACCUGCAUAUCUCUCCGAGACCGAACGCUACGACUCCCAAUGUGUCCACCUUUGACCGUCCUAACCGCCUCAAGGGCCGAGAAGAAGGCAUCAUCCGCUGGGGCGAACUUCUUGAGAAAUUUCGCUCCGUACAGGAGCGCGCUCGCAGGCUGCAGCGCACGGGCGGGGGCAGAGAUGCAGAUGAUCCUGCUGGUGGCGACCUGCGGAUCGGAGACGGCCUGACCGGGGACAAGGGACAGGGGCUUGAGGGCGUGGGAGGUGCCCCCGGGAGGGCAACGAGAGGGUCGGUGCCCGUCGCCAAGGAAGCGCCGCCUGCGAAGCCCGAACCGGUGCCGAAGCCCCGGUCGGGGCUAGGCAGGCAGUUUGGGCGUCUGGGAGGGGCCGUGUCUGGGCGAGGCAAGCGCGCCUAGUUCCCCUUUGCUCUGCUUCUGGUUCUCGUGUCUCUUUGAAGCGUUGAUCUUCGCAAUCAUGUCCAUGCCGACUCAUUUUUCUUUGCUCUCUAACGGCGUCUUUUUCCGGCUCUAGAACGACACGGUCAGCAUCGGAAGCGUAUCGGUGGCGUACUGAUGGAGUGCGACGACAAUACCCCAUCGGGAAGUGAAACGGAGCGGGCGGACAGGAUGAUUAGCCGGGGAAGGGGC